UUGUCCCAGAGCGCCACGGUGUUCAUGUCCGAGGUCACCAACGAGGCCGUGUACACCAUGUCCCCCACCGCAGGCCCCAACCAACACCUCCUGUCGCCCGACGCCUCUCAGGGCCUCGUCCUGGCCGUGAGUUCCGACGGCCACAAGUACGCCUUCCCUACCACGGGCAGCUCGGAGAGCCUGUCCAUGCUGCCCACCAAUGUGUCCGAAGAGCUCGUCCUCUCCACCACCCUCGACGGGGGCCGGAAGAUUCCAGAAACCACCAUGAACUUUGACCCCGACUGUUUCCUCAAUAACCCGAAGCAGGGCCAGACGUACGGGGGCGGAGGCCUGAAAGCCGAGAUGGUCAGCACCAAUGUCCGGCACUCACCACCAGUGGAGAGGGGCUUCAGCUUCACCACUGUCCUGACCAAGGAGAUCAAGACCGAGGACACUUCCUUCGAGCAGCAGAUGGCCAAAGAGGCCUACUCCUCCUCUGCGGCGGCCGCGGCGUCCAGCUCCCUCACCCUGAGCGCGGGCUCCAGCCUCCUGCCGUCGGGCGGCGGCCUGAGCCCCAGCACCACCCUGGAGCAAAUGGACUUCAGUGCGAUAGACUCCAACAAGGACUACACGUCCAGCUUCAGCCAGACGGGCCCCCACGUCCACCAGACCCCUUCCCCGAGCUUCUUCCUGCAGGACGCCAGCAAGCCCCUCCCCAUCGAGCAGAAUGCCCACAGCAGCCUGGGUGACUCUGGGGGCACCUUCGUGAUGCCCACGGUGAAAACGGAGGCGUCGUCACAGACCAGCUCCUGCAGCGGCCACGUGGAGACACGGAUCGAGUCCACUUCCUCCCUCCACCUCAUGCAGUUUCAGGCCAAUUUCCAGGCCAUGGCGGCGGAAGGGGAGGUCACCAUGGAGACCUCGCAGGUGGCCGAAGGGGGCGAGGGCCUGAUCAAGUCCGGGGAGCUGCAGGCCUGUAGCUCCGAGCACUACCUGCAGCCCGAGCCCACCGGCGUGAUCCGCAGCGCCGGCGGCGUCCCCCUCCUCCCGGGCAACGUGGUGCAGGGACUCUACCCCGUGGCCCAGCCCGGCCUGGGCAACGCCGCCAACAUGGAGCUCAGCCUGGACCACUUCGACAUCUCCUUUGGCAACCAGUUCUCCGACCUGAUCAACGACUUCAUCUCCGUGGAGGGGGGCAGCGGCACCAUCUACGGGCACCAGCUGGUGUCAGGGGAUGGCGCAGCGCUCUCGCAGGCGGAGGACGGGGCCCGUGCCCCCUUCACCCAGGCAGAGAUGUGCAUCCCCUGCUGCAGCCCCCAGCAGGGGAGCCUGCAGCUGAGCAGCGCCGAGGGCGGGGCCAGCACCAUGGCCUACAUGCACGUUGCCGAGGUGGUCUCGGCCGCCUCAGCCCCGGGCACCCUGGGGAUGCUGCAGCAGAGCGGACGGGUGUUCAUGGUGACCGACUACUCCCCAGAGUGGUCUUACCCGGAGGGAGGAGUGAAGGUUCUCAUCACAGGCCCGUGGCAAGAAGCCAGCAAUAAUUACAGCUGCCUGUUCGACCAGAUCUCAGUGCCUGCGUCCUUGAUUCAGCCCGGGGUGCUCCGCUGCUACUGCCCAGCCCAUGACACUGGUCUUGUGACCCUACAAGUUGCCUUCAACAACCAGAUCAUCUCCAACUCAGUGGUGUUUGAGUACAAAGCUCGGGCCCUGCCCACACUCCCAUCCUCCCAGCACGACUGGCUGUCACUGGACGAUAACCAGUUCAGGAUGUCCAUCCUUGAGCGACUGGAGCAGAUGGAAAGGAGGAUGGCUGAGAUGACCGGGUCCCAGCAGCACAAGCAGGGGAACGGAGGAGGGGGCAGCGGGAGUGGGAACGGAGGAAGCCAAGCUCAGUGCGCGCCUGGCCCCGGGACCCUGGGGAGCUGCUUUGAGAGCCGCGUGGUUGUCGUGUGCGAGAAGAUGAUGAGUCGCGCCUGCUGGGCAAAGUCCAAGCAUCUGAUCCACUCCAAGACUUUCCGUGGAAUGACCCUCCUCCACCUGGCCGCGGCCCAGGGUUACGCCACCCUCAUCCAGACCCUCAUCAAAUGGCGCACAAAGCAUGCAGAUAGCAUUGAUUUGGAACUGGAGGUUGACCCCUUGAAUGUGGACCACUUCUCCUGUACUCCUCUGAUGUGGGCAUGUGCUCUCGGGCACUUAGAAGCAGCUGUCGUGCUGUACAAGUGGGACCGUCGGGCCAUCUCUAUUCCGGACUCUCUAGGAAGGCUGCCUUUGGGAAUUGCCAGGUCAAGGGGUCAUGUGAAAUUAGCAGAGUGUCUGGAGCACCUGCAGAGGGACGAACAGGCUCAGCUUGGACAGAACCCCAGAAUCCACUGUCCUCCAAGCGAGGAACCCAGUGCAGAGAGCUGGAUGACCCAGUGGCACAGCGAAACCAUCAACUCCCCAGAAAUACCCAAAGGAGUCACCGUUAUUGCAAGUACCAAUCCAGAGCUGAGAAGACCUCGGUCUGAACCCUCUAAUUACUACAGCAGUGAGAGCCACAAAGAUUAUCCAGCUCCCAAAAAGCAUAAAUUGAACCCUGAGUACUUCCAGGCAAGGCAGGAGAAGCUGCUUUCCACUGCACUGAGUCUGGAACAGCCAAAUAUCAGGAAGCAGAGCCCUAGUUCUAAGCAGUCUGUCCCCGAGAGAAUCAGCCCCAGUGAAGGAGUGAGGGACUACAGCCGGGAAAUCUCCCCUCCCACUCCAGAGACUGCAGGAUUCCAAGCCUCUGGAUCUCAGCCGGUAGUAAAGUGGAAUUCCAAAGAUCUUUACAUUGGUGUGUCUACAGUACAGGUGACUGGAAAUCCGAAGGGGACCAGUGUAGGAAAGGAUGCAACACCUUCACAGGUGCGUCCACGGGAACCAAUGAGUGUCCUGAUGAUGGCUAACAGAGAGGUGGUGAACACAGAGCUGGGGUCCUACCGUGAUAGUGCAGAAAGUGAGGAGUGCUCACAGCCCAUGGAUGAUAUACAGGUGAACAUGAUGACCUUGGCAGAGCACAUCAUUGAAGCCACCCCUGAGCGGAUCAAGCAGGAGAACUUUGUGCCCAUGGAGUCCCCGGCAUUGGAGAGGACAGACGCGGCCACCAUCAGCAGUACGAUGAGCUGGCUGGCCGGUUACCUAGCUGACGUAGACCAUCUGCCAAAUGCCGCCCAGAUCAGUGCAUAUAACGAGCCUCUAACCCCUUCUUCUAAUACCAGCCUGAGCCCUGUAGGCUCACCAGUCAGUGAAAUAGCUUUCGAGAAACCCAGCCUUCCCUCCGCCGCAGACUGGUCUGAAUUCCUGAGUGCGUCUACCAGUGAGAAGGUGGAGAAUGAAUUUGCUCAGCUGACUCUGUCUGAUCACGAACAGAGAGAACUCUAUGAAGCGGCCAGGCUUGUCCAGACAGCUUUCCGGAAAUACAAGGGCCGACCCUUGCGGGAGCAGCAGGAAGUGGCAGCAGCUGUCAUUCAGCGUUGUUACAGAAAAUAUAAACAGUAUGCACUUUAUAAAAAGAUGACACAGGCUGCCAUCCUGAUCCAGAGCAAAUUCCGAAGUUACUACGAACAAAAAAAAUUUCAGCAGAGCCGGCGUGCUGCUGUGCUGAUCCAGAAGUUUUACCGGAGUUAUAAAAACUGUGGCAGGAGACGGCAGGCUCGGCGGACGGCAGUCAUCGUACAGCAGAAACUCAGGAGCAGUUUGCUAACCAAAAAGCAGGACCAGGCUGCUCGAAAAAUAAUGAGGUUUCUACGCCGCUGUCGCCACAGCCCCCUGGUGGACCAUAGGCUGUACAAAAGGAGUGAAAGAAUUGAAAAAGGCCAAGGAACUUGAAGACAUACGGCAGCAUCCCUUAGCAAUGUGACACUGCUUUUCAGACUGUUUUCAUUUCUGUUUUUAGCAGAGACAUGCGACAACACACACACACACACACACACACACACACACGCAUGCACGCACAUGCACACACACACACACACACAACAUAAUCCCUCUGCAGUUUUGGGGAGAUGAGCUGCAGGAUUUUAACAGGAAUGUUUUGGUCAUUGCAUUUGCACUUUCAUGGACAACUUUUAAUUUGAUCAGCAAGACAUCUUGGAAUUCAAUCUUCUGUUGGAUCAUGGGCAAACAAGACACCACGAGGAAUCGAAAGAGGCUUUCCUCCUCUUAGGAAGAAGCCGUCUUCCUUCUCACAUAGGGCUGUAUUCAAACAUCGUGUGGAACUGUACAAAUAUUUAUACCAAAAAUAUAGAUAAGAAAAGGUGGGGAUGCACUAGCAACAAAGAGAAUGCUGUUCCUGCACCUGUCAGUUAUUUCCAAGAAGCUGAAUCUUUGGGAUUGAUUCUCAGUGGAGGGCUUAGAUCAUACAAAUCUUUAUUGGGUCCGUGUGUUCUCAUUUCCUUCACUGUGUUUAGUUGAUUUUAAUUUGUCUGUUUGUGUUUCAAUCUUUACAGCACACUUAAUGCAACUUUUAAAAUCUGCAGGUUAUUAAUGUCUUGCGGAAAUUUGCAGAGGGGCGGGUGCGUGGUAAACGGGUAAUGCGUGGGCAAUGAUGAGGAACAGCGUACAGAGUUUAAAUUUAUUUUCUGUCCCCACCACCUCCCAAGAACCUGCGAGGGUAGUCGUCAUCUUGUCCCUUUUCUCAUGUUCAGCACUUUAAUUUUUUUGCCUUACUUUCAUGUGCAAUGAGAAUUACUUAGAGAAUUGGUAAAGCAUGUAGCUUUUUUUAGUAGCCUUGGAAACUGUAGUCAUUCUAAGGAAUCAUAAACCUUGCCUGGACAUUUGCCACCUAAAAGAUCAGUGUGGUGCUGCGUUCUGGCCAGUAAAUUCCAUAUUUUUGGCUAUAUCUCAUCCAACCUGAGCAGUUUCUGUGUAUAUAUAGAAGGUAGAAAUGGAAAGUGAGAAAAUAUUUGAAAGGGAUUAUAUUAAUUGCUAAAUAUUUUAUUCACAAAGGUCAAUAACAUGGCAAGAUAAAAUUAUUUGUAUAGUUUUGUCUGAAUGAGCGAGAAAAAAUGUGGAUGUAUUGUUUGUAUAUAUUGUAUAUAUUAAAACAAAGAGAUAUGUGCAUGAAAUCAAGAAAAAAGAAAUGAACAAAAGCAAAGCAUUAGUGGCUAUGGUCUGUAAAAUGAAACAAAAAAAAACUUUAUUUCACUAUAAGAGUACUUUAUUUUAAAUGUUCUUUAGAAGAACAUUUUGCUAAAGCAUGACUAAACUGCAAAAAAAAAAAAAAAGAGCUACUGUAUUAAGACUUAGGAAAAAAGGCAGAGUAACAUUACUUUUAAAAAAAAGGGUAUGUUUACAUUUAAUUUUGGCUACCAGGAGUUUAUUUUAUUUUAUUUAAAAAUUUUUUUUGCCAAUGGUGCCAAGUAAUGUGAAUGCUGAUAUUGCUUAAAAAAAUUAAGUUACUUUUGCUAAACAGAUAAUCAUGAGAUGAAUCAGUAUAUCGCUUAACACCAUCCACUCACUCCAACAAAGAACACUUAGAACGGUCAAAACCUGACAAAAGAAAUAGGAUGAAAAGUAGAAAAAUGACUCACGUUUUCAUAUCUCCUGCUGGAAAUCAGAAAAUGUAAUAAAUAUUGCACAAAAAAUAACUACAAAUUAAAAGAAUGCAAACUGGUCUCGUAGGGAGGUCAUGGUAUAUGAUUACUAUUUCCACAUAAGGAGCCAAAGAAAUCUGAUGCUUUUCACAACUCAACUACUAAUGUUAAAUCGAGAGAAUACAGUUCGCAUUUGCUGAUGCCAGUUUAAAAUUCCCAGGUUAAGUUUCAGGAUCAGUUGGUGUAAAGCUGAGAGACUAGUUUUUUUCCCCUUGGUUCUGGCUGCCAACUGUAAGUGAAAACUCAAGGCUUGUUGUGAAGCCUAAAAAUAUUCACAAAUCAGCUUUUAAACUGGUGUCUUAGAAGGAAGGUAGAUACAAAAAGAUUGUGGUAACAACUGGGGUCAGUGCUCUUGGUGCCUUUUCUAUAAUUGUACUUGUUUUUUAAUUACUUCCUUUCACUGCCAACCUCGAAUUACUUGUACAGUAUACGUCUUACUGCUUGUGAUCAGCUUUGACGACAGUGACAGCCCCACAACUAGCAGCCACCUGUACAUUUGUAAACUGACCUGACUCAGUUUUGUUUUUAAAUGUGUGGGUUAUGUUGCAGCUGUUGCAGUCCCCCAAAUACCUAUUAUUUUACACAAUUUGACCUAUAGGAGGACACUGAGUAAUUUACAGACACACAGUUGCAUUCAUCAACGGGAAGAGAAUGUGAAAGCCAGCUCUUUCAGAAUAUCCUUUAUUAAUACUGAAUUUGGGUAUGUUUAUUCCAUCUUGGUACAAAUAACCGAUCUUUUGACAAGAGUAAUGACCUCAGUGGAUUUGCUUUAACGCUCAUUUUUUUUUUUUUUUUUUUUUUUUUAUGUUUCACAUGCUACAUUAUUAGCUGAGUAAGUUAGAAAAUCUGAAAGAUAAAGAUUGACAUAGAAUUAGGAGCGUUCUUAUGGAGGGCAUAGAAGUAGGUUCGAAACCUACCCAUGUAACCUACCAGUACAACUGUGAAUCCCAGGUGAGGUACAAAUGCACUUCCACUGAAACGAAGCAUUUCUGACCGCUUUUUCUUGGUUGUGAAUCUUAAUUUUUGAAUAUAAGACGAUAGGUAAGCGCAGCUUUCUUGGAUAAUCUGAAUUCCCAAGUGCCAGGAGUAGGAUUUCAUUAUAAAAUUAAUAGCUAAUCUUAUUCUGUCUCCUGAAGAGUUAAUUGCUAUUCUUGUUACCCAUUUGAAAUCAGCUGUACUGUGUGAACGAAAUCGAGACAAUAACUAGAACCCCUCUCUGGCUGCACGGUCGCUUAUGGCAGUUCCACACAGUAGUUGGCGCCCAAUGGGGGGUCCCUGAGACUUGCAUGUAAAACUAGUCUAGAUGUCUUCUUUUUUGUAAGUUUUAUUUUUGUAACUGUGCAUGUAAAGCAUCAUUGAAUCAAUGGAUCUGUUGAAGAACUCAGCUGCUGGAAACCAUGCAAAAUGUUUUGAAUUGCCCUUAAAAUAUGGAAAAUGUUUUCUGAAUGCUUUAUAUUCUUUCUGCUGUAAAUUAAAAAUGAAGAAAAUUUCCCCAUA